AUGGGCAUACGGAAUCGAAGAUGGGCAUACGGAAUCGAAGAUGGGCAUACGGAAUCGAAGAUGGGCAUACGGAAUCGAAGAUGGGCAUACGGAAUCGAAGAUGGACAUACGGAAUCGAAGAUGGACAUACGGAAUCGAAGAUGGGCAUACGGAAUCGAAGAUGGGCAUACGGAAUCGAAGAUGGGCACGGCAUACGGAAUCGAAGAUGGACAUACGGAAUUGAAGAUGGGCAUACGGAAUCGAAGAUGGGCAUACGGAAUCGAAGAUGGGCACGGCAUACGGAAUCGAAGAUGGGCAUACGGAAUCGAAGAUGGGCAUACGGAAUCGAAGAUGGGCAUACGGAAUCGAAGAUGGGCAUACGGAAUCGAAGAUGGACAUACGGAAUCGAAGAUGGGCAUACGGAAUCGAAGAUGGACAUACGGAAUCGAAGAUGGGCAUACGGAAUCGAAGAUGGGCAUACGGAAUCGAAGAUGGGCAUACGGAAUCGAAGAUGGGCACGGCAUACGGAAUCGAAGAUGGGCAUACGGAAUUGAAGAUGGGCAUACGGAAUCGAAGAUGGGCAUACGGAAUCGAAGAUGGGCAUACGGAAUUGAAGAUGGGCAUACGGAAUCGAAGAUGGGCACGGCAUACGGAAUCGAAGAUGGGCAUACGGAAUCGAAGAUGGGCAUACGGAAUUGA